AGAAAAAGGACGUAGCUUCUACCAACUUUUUCAAGUUUAUUUUUGAUAAUAGGUAUCAUGCAAUUUUCGAUUUUAUUAAGGAGUUUGUAAGGACUAUUUUAAUAUAGGUGGGGACUUUAAAGCAUAAUUAUUACCCAAGCUGAAGAAGAAUAUUUGCAAGCAUGGAAUGGACUACAUAAUCCGAAAGGACCAGAUAAUAUAGUUUUGGGGUCAGGACAGGUGGAUCAUUGAUACAUGUGCCUAGGUAACCAUAUGAGUGAAAUUUGUGCAGAAUAGCUACAGACGAUGAAGAUCAGAUGUGAAGAGAUGCAUGUCUUUGUUCUACAUGGUGUAUGAGUGAAACAUGUGUAUGGCAGUCAUAGAAAACAUUUAAAAAGUGGGGACUUUAAAGCAUAAUUAUUACCCAAGCUGAAGAAGAAUAUUUGCAAGCAUGGAAUGGACUACAUAAUCCGAAAGGACCAGAUAAUAUAGUUUUGGGGUCAGGACAGGUGGAUCAUUGAUACAUGUGCCUAGGUAACCAUAUGAGUGAAAUUUGUGCAGAAUAGCUACAGACGAUGAAGAUCAGAUGUGAAGAGAUGCAUGUCUUUGUUCUACAUGGUGUAUGAGUGAAACAUGUGUAUGGCAGUCAUAGAAAACAUUUAAAAAUAUGAAGGUAUGCUCCACUUUUGCACUGAACGAGGCUAUUUACUUGGAUAGGGAGAUGUGCCCAGUCUGUUAUGUGUUCUUGUUAUGCCAGGUAGCAUGGGCUUUAGUGGAAUCUUUUCCAUAGAAGAAAUCUGUGAGAUAGAUCUUGCUGCAGCAUGCUAUUGACAAACCAAGAAGCUCAGAUUGUUGUGUGCACACUAGUUAGACUUGUUUAUGGCUUUGAAUGGAUUGUCAUAGAAACAGGGAAAGGAUUAUACCAGCUUAAGACUGAGGUUUACCAAAGACUAAAUCAAAUAGCAAUUUAAUUUCAGAACCAAAUACCAUUGUUGUAGGUGUCACACCAGUAGACUCAUGCAUAGAUGAACGAUAAGCCAUCCAGCAGAAAGUAAGAAAAAGACCUGUCACUGAUCCGAUCAACAGAACUGAUGUAGAAGAAAAAACUGCUGUUUUAUAUACAGUUUAAAUCAGUAAAUCAGACUAUCAACCCAUUGUUCAUUUUAUGUAAUCGAAACUCAUUGAGUAAUAAUGGUAGCUAUAGUACUCAAUAAUCACAAGUUAAAAGCUGAUAUUGGUUUUAAAAUGAAUCCAAGACAUUACUUGAUUUAACAACAUCGGAAAUACAGUUUGUCAUGCAGCAAUAUUCGUGAAAAUGGUGAUAAAACUGGGACAAAAUAUGGAUCACGAGGUUCUAGUUGAAAAAGUUUUACAAUGAAAUGAACACAAAACGCCCGAUAAUUUUGUAAUACACAAAAACAAUGUUCAUAGCAGUAUUUGGCUGAAUAUUGGCCCUUUUUGGACUUGUAUAUCAGUUGAGUUUUUCAUACUAGUUCAUAUUUUGUCUGAACUGCUUAGUUUAUACUAAUUUGUUUUAGCUUGAUUGUGAAGAAAGUUUCAAGCUGAUUGGAACCACUUUAUAACGGUUAAGUUUUAUGUUUAGGUCAAAGCUGGGUUUAAAACUUGUAACACUUGUUCACCAUCAAUAGCUGACUCUGCACAGCAAGAAAAAUAACUCCAUCCUGCUUUUUGCAAGAAUUAUGGCCCCUUUUAGAUUUCUUGGUUAAGUUUUGCAUUUAGGUCAAUUUUUCUCCUUAACAGUCAAAGCUAUUGCUUUAAAAUUUAGUGCAGCUAUUCGCCAUUAAAAGCUGACUCAGAACAGCAAGUACCAUAACUCUACAUUGCUUUUUGCAAGAAUUAUGUCCCAUUUUGUACUUAGAAAAUAUCAUAAAAACACACAGGUAGGACAAUAUUUCUAUUAUAAUAUACAGAGACAAAAAAAUCAGAUGAGGGUCUGUACCCGCAAGGUGGUGCUCUUGUUUGACAUAGAAAUUAGUUUAAGUUUUGUUCCAUAUUUUGUCUAAACCGUUUUAUAUAUGGCUUUGAACACUUGCUUCCGAUCAUGGUCUAUGUACAGCGGCACCUGCUUGUUUUUUCUCCAACUUUGGGUGAAAAAGGAAGCAACACCAGUGUUGACAGCAUAAUAUGAACUGUGUUGCACAAUUAGAAACACGUGCAGAAAUGAGAAGUAGUCAUUGCACAUGCUCAGCAUUCAGCGUGUUCUGCCGUGCAGACCUAAAAAAAGAUUUGUUCUCCUGUGCAUGCCCAGCGUGCAAAACCGAGAAGGUUUUAAAUAAGCAUGCCCAGCGUGCAAGACCGAAGAGGUUAAAUGCACUUGCCCAGCUUGCAAAAAGUUCAUGGAUUCAUCUUUAAACUUACCUUGUCAGUGACGACCGAAAAAAGUCAAGAUUGGGAAGGCUGCCUUUGUAGACGUUCCUUGUACAUGGCUUACGAAAGAUUCCGUAAAAAGACACAGCAGGAGUGAGUCCCACAACGAGGCCAUGGCAUUUGAGGCGAGUCAGGCCAAACCUACGCAGUCGAUUCAUUCUUCAACUGAAAAAGGCGUCACUUUAAACCAGCAAGCUAGGGCAGCUGCUUUCAGGUGUUUGUACUGGCUAAUGAAGAACGAAAUACCACACACUACCAACUACAAGUCCAUACUAGAUCUGUGUAAAGAACAGGUUUUGAAUAAUCUGCACAAAGGUGACAACGACAAAGGAGAGUCGCAGCGAUUCAUACAGGAAGCCGUCUUGACAAUGGGUAAUCUGGUCCAGCGGCCGUUACUGAAUGAUCUUCGAGCUUCACCUUGGUAUUCCAUUAUGGUAGAUGAGACAACCGAUGUGGCUGUGGUCAAAGACUUGAUUGUCUAUGCAAGGUCUUUGAAAGACGGCAAGAGCUGCACAGAGUUUAUGACCGUACUACACCUGUCAUCUGGUACAGCAGAUGCCAUACUAGAGAGCCUAACCAACUUCUUGAGAGAAAUUGACCUCCCACUUGAGAAGAUGUGUGCGAUUGGUAGUGAUGGUGCAGCAGUGAUGGUCGGCCGGCAGAAUGGGGUAUCUACACAACUAAGAAGACAGGUACCACAUCUACUUUCUAACCAUUGUGUUGCACAUAGAUUAGCUCUAGCAGUUGGACAGGCAUCCAAGGGUGUUCCCUAUCUUCAGAAGUUCAAGGAUAUUUUGGGUCAACUACACAGGUUCUACGCUAACAGUGCUGUGAGAAUGGACGGUCUGCGCCAGAUACAAGAUCUUCAGAACGACCCAGUCUUGAAACUGAGCCAAGCCAAAGACGUCAGGUGGCUGUCACACGACAAAGCAACCCAGACCUUGAAGCUGUGUCUCCCGUCUGUCAUCGCAAGUCUUGAAAGGGAAGCAAAGGAAAGAAACGACUCCCAAGCUAUGGGCCUGGCUGUGUUCGUACAGACGUACAAGUUUCUGCUCACACUCAGCAUGAUGUGUGACAUUCUGCCACACAUGUCUGCUCUGUCGAAAGCUAUGCAGGCAAAAGAUGCAAUCUUCACCACUGUGAAACCAUUGGUCCAUAGUACCCUAUCGUUACUCAGACAGCUCCGAGAAGAACCAGUUGAAAACAUGAAAAAGGCCCCAGCUCUGAUUACAUCACUCUGAGCAGAACCUUACUAUCAGACAGCCAACAGAAAAGCAGUUAGAUGAUUUCUCUGAGCAGAUAUAUCGUCCCUUUCUUGAGAAACUCAUUGACAACCUAGUCGGUUUCUAGACCUGCCCAUAAUUGAGCAGUUUGAUAUCCUGAUGGCAAGAGAUAUUCCUUGUGACGAUGCAACAUACGGCAAUGAUGAAAUCAAGGCUCUUUCAUCACACUUCUCACUUGAUGAAGAUCGUGCAGUAAUUGAGUGGACACAGGUGAAAGCCACCCUUACCACACCAGAAAUGGCCAGUAUGAAUGCUGUGAGUACCAUGGAGUGGAUUGCUGGUAGUCUUGUGGAGUCCCAUCCAAACCUGAGCAAAGUAGCUACAUUGGGACUGCUUUUACCAACCUCUACAGCUGAUUGUGAAAGAGGUUUCAGCACAUUGAAUCGAGUGAAUACAACACACCGUGCAUCACUCAGCAUGAAAGUUUUGAAUGCGUUGCUGAAAGUGUCCAUGCAGGGACCAGAAUUACAGAACUUUGAUUUCCACAAUGCAGUAAAAGAAUGGCACAAUACUAAGGACAGAAGAUCAGAACUAUAAUAAUGGUGUCUUAAUUUAAAGAAUGUGAUGUGUGCAGACAAUCUGAACUAU